AUGUGGGGGUGCCUGCUCCUGUGGCCCCCGGUGCUGGGGCUUGGCCCAGUGGGUAGCACUCAGACCCCCAGUGUCUAUGAUGAGCUUGUGAGCACCGGAGGUGCCAGUGCCACAGCACCCCCGCUCCCGGUCCACCCCCUCAGCUUCCCAGGACAGGUCUGUGCAAACGACAGCGACACGCUGGAGCUCCCAGACAGCUCGCGGGCGCUGCUGCUGGGCUGGGUGCCCACGCGGCUGGUGCCCGCCCUGUACGGGCUGGUCCUGGCGAUCCGGCUGCCUGUCAACGCGCUGGCACUGUGGGUGCUGGCCACGAAGAUGCCGUGGCUGCCAUACACCGUGCUGCUCAUGAACCUGGCAGCCACUGACCUGCUGCUGGCCCUGGCGCUACCCCCGUGGGUCACCUACCACCUGUGGGACCAGCACUGGCCCUUUGGUGAGGCCGCCUGCCACCUGAACACAGCCACGCCCUACGGCCACAUGUAUGGCUCUGUGCUGCUGCUGGCCGCCGUCAAUCUUGACCGCUACCUGGCCCUGGUGCACCCUCUGCAGGCCCACGCCCUGGCGCUGCCCCUGGCCCUGCAGCAGCAGACCUUCCGGCUAUCGUACUCUGGCCAUAAGCUCUGCCACGACGCGCUGCCCCUGGACGCCCAGGCCUCCCACUGGCAGCCGGCCUUCACCCGCCUGCCGCUGCUGGCCAUGCUGCUGUGCGACAGGGCCACCCUGCGCACCCUGAGUGCUGCCCGCCAGCGCUACGGCCCUGCGCGGAAGCUGGCCGCACCAGCGCUGGCCUCAGCCCUGGCUUUCUUCGCACCCAGCAACGUGUUGCUGCUGCCGUGCUACUCAAAGCCCAGCCCGGACGCCUGGGGCAACCUCUACGGCGCCUACGUGCCCAGCCUGGCACUCAGCCCCCUCAACAGCUGCGUGAACCCCUUCGUCUACUACUACGUGUCAGCUGAGUUCAGGGACAAGGUGUGGGCCAGGCUCUGCCGCCGGCCACUGGGGGGCACGUGGCCUCCAAGGCCUCCGGGGAGGGGGGGCAGCUGCAACACAGGCACCCACUCCUCCUCACUCCUCUAG